AUGGAACCACCACAUUCUGCAACGUUAUUAUCGAUAGCACACUUAAAAUUAGAACACACAAACCGCAUAUUUCUACGAAAGCCGAAAACAAUUCCCGAAGAACUAUGCAAAAUAUUUUUCACAUCUCUCGAAUUAUACGAAAGCGAGAGCAAAAUUGUUCAAAAUAUCCGUGACUUUAUUAAAUUAAACCAGAAUGUAUCGUCCACCAAUAAACUAAUUGAAACUAUAAAAAAAUGUGCAAAGACAAAAUACAAAUAUCGACCGAUACUGGCAAUCUUUUAUCAAUACCGCAUCUGUGUUGACGAGUUCAAUGAAGCUGAAGCUUUCUAUUGGUAUGAUAUGUGGAAUCAGGCGAAGCAAGACUCCCAUUCACAGAAUGCACUGGGGGUGUGCUAUCGAGAUGCGAUUGGAACUAGACAGAAUGUUUAUUUGGCGUUCCUAUAUUUUCAGAAAGCUGCGGAAUCUAGAAACCCUAAAGCGCAAUUGAAUUUGGCGAAUUGUUAUCGUAAUGCUCAAGGGACAUUACUAGAUUUAUCGAAAUAUCUUCAUUGGUGUGAGAAAUCUGCGAAAUCCGGGUAUUCUGAAGGUCAAUUCCAACUCGCCAAUUUUCAUCGGGACGAUGUAUCAACACCUAAUCAUUACGCGAAAGCUUUUUAUUGGUACGAAAGAGCCGCGAAACAAGGUCAUAUAAAGGCACUAGUUCAACUUGGAUUAUGUUACUCAUCAAAACAAUGCGUCGAAAUAAAUCACGAAAAAGCAUUAACCUGCUACAAAAUAUCUGCAGAAUCUCAUGACUCCGAAGCGCAAGUCCUUCUUGCAAAAGCAUACAAUAGCGGAAAAGGAACGUUUCGGGAUGAGAAAUCAGCUUUCAAGUGGUAUCGAAAAGCUGCCGACGCCGGGAAUUUGACCGGUAUUUAUCACGUUGGACAUUGCUAUCAUACAGGGGCUGGCACUCGUCGAGAUAUCAAUCAGGCAUUUCGAUGUUUUCGAAAAUCGGUUGAAGAAGGCGAAAAAGAGGAGUGGCUUGCUUUUGGACAAUAUGUGAUGGGAAAUUGUUUUCAUUACGGUUGGGGAACGAAAAAAGAUUUACAUUUAGCUGCUAAGUGGUAUCGAUUGGCUAUUGAAAAUGGCAAUAAGUAUGCUAGGAAACAGUUGUGGCUUGUUUUUACGAAACAGUAA